AUGGCGGCCGACAGCCCAGAGGAGAAAGAUAUAGAACUUAUUGUUCUAGAUGCUAUUGUGUCUGAAGAACCAGAACAGGAUGAUGAACUCUAUAAUCCAGAGAGUGAACAAGAUAAAAAUGAGGAAAAGGGUUCAAAAAGAAAAAGUGGCCGAAUGGAAUCUACUGACACAAAGCGACAAAAGUCUUCUGUUCAUUCAAGACAAUUGAUUUCUAAGCCACUGAGCUCAUCAGUUAGCAAUAACAAAAGAAUGGUUAGUACAAAAGGAAAGCCAGUCACAGAGUAUAAAAAUGAGGAAUAUCAAAGAUCUGAAAGAUGCAAACGUCUAGAAGCUGAUCGGAAGAUUCGUUUGUCAAGUAGUGCCUCCAGAGAACCUUAUAAGAGUCAACCUGAGAAAACAUGUCUGCGGAAAAGGGAUCCUGAAAGGAGGGUCAAAUCCCCUACACCAGAUGGUUCUGAGAGAAUUGGGCUUGAAGUGGAUAGACGUGCAAGCAGAUCCAGCCAGUCUUCUAAGGAGGAAGUGAACUCUGAAGAACAUGCCUCUGACCAUGAGACUGGCAGCAGUGGUUCUUCGGAUGAGCAAGGCAACAACACUGAGAAUGAGGAGGAAGGGGUGCAAGAUGUGGAGGAAGAUGAAGAGGUGGAUGACGAUGGAGAGGACGAAGAGGAGGAAGAAGAAGAGGAAGAGGAGGAGGAGGGGGAGGAAGAAGAAGAAUAUGAACAGGAUGAGAGAAACCAGAAGGAAGAGGGAAAUGAUUAUGACACCCGAAGUGAGGCUAUCGACUCUGUGUCCUUCACGGAUGGACCUGUCAGAUCUGGUUCAGGAACAGAUGGAUCAGAUGAGAAAAAGAAGGAAAGGAAGAGAGCUAGAGGCAUAUCUCCUAGUUUUGAUACAAGUGCAAGCUCUGCAUCAGAGUCAUAUGCAGGUUCAGAAAAGAAGCAUGCGAAAUUACAAUCUGCCGUUCAUGUUGUCCGAAAAGAUCAAACCAGUAAACUCAAAUAUGUCCUACAGGAUGCGAGAUUUUUUCUCAUAAAGAGUAACAGCCAUGAGAAUGUGUCCCUUGCCAAAGCUAAGGGUGUAUGGUCUACACUGCCAGUAAAUGAGAAGAAAUUAAAUGCUGCACUCAGAUCUGCAAGGAGUGUUAUCUUAAUAUUUUCUGUGAAAGACAGUGGAAAAUUUCAAGGAUUUGCAAGACUUUCUUCAGAAUCACACCAUGGAGGAUCUCCUAUACAUUGGGUACUUCCAGCAGGAAUGAAUGCUAAAAUGCUGGGAGGUGUCUUUAAAAUUGACUGGAUUUGCAGGCGUGAAUUACCCUUCACUAAGUCGGCUCAUCUCACCAAUCCUUGGAAUGGACAUAAGCCAGUAAAGAUCGGACAUGAUGGACAGGAAAUUGAACUUGAAUGUGGAAACCAGCUUUGUCUUCUAUUUCCCCCUGAUGAAAGUAUUGAUUUGCAUCAGGUCGUUCAUAAAAUGCCUCACAAGAGAAGAAUGCAUUCUCAGCCCCGGUCAAGAGAUCGUCCAUCCCGUCGAGAACCAGUCCGGGAUGUGGGAAGGCAUCGACCAGAAGAUUAUGAUAUUCAUAACAGCAGAAAGAAAGCAAGGAUUGACUAUGCCCCUGAGUUUCAUCAGAGACCAGGGUAUUUAAAGGAUCCACGAUACCAGGAAGUAGAUAGACGGUUUUCAGGAGUUUGCCGAGAUGUGUUUUUAAAUGGGUCCUACGAUGAUUAUUUGAGGGAAUUUCAUAACAUGGGACCACCAGCACCUCGGCGAGGAAUGACUCCUUAUCCUGGAAUGGAACAACCUCCACACCAUCAGCACCAUGCUCCACCUCCUCAAGUUCAUCCCCCCUACUCAGGACAUCACCCAGUACCACAUGAAGCAAGAUACAGAGAUAAACGAGUACAUGAUUAUGAUAUGAGGGUGGAUGAUUUCCUUCAUCGAACACAAGCUGUUGUCACUGGUCGGAGAAGUAGACCUCGUAAAAGAGAUCGGGAGCGAGAGCGAGAUCGCCCUAGAGAUAACAGAAGACACAGAGAACGAGAUAGAGGACGUGAUAGAGAAAGAGAGCGAUUAUGUGAUCGGGACAGAGACCGAGGGGAGAGAGGUCUAUAUAGAAGAUAA